AUGUUUCCUUUGCUAGGUAGGGGGUUCUGACGAAGCCACUAACUGUGAAAGCAAACACAUAAAUGUUUGUCCUCGGUUUGUUCCAGUUGAGAUUUACAUGCUGAAAAUGUUAAAGUGGAUGUAUAAAUGGCUGAAGAGCCGAGCUGAAUCGUUUUAGCUAAAUGGUCCCUGCUUGCUCUCUUCCUAGUGACACCACCCCACCCCCCCCCCCGACCCCUGCUGGAUACAGAAAUGGCUGACAACUUUUCUACUACGGCACUGGCGACUUCUCAGGGCAACCGCUGUGACCUCUAUGCACACCAGGACACAGCCAGGGUAUUAAUCCCCUUGCACUACAGCCUCGUCUUCAUCAUUGGUCUGGUGGGGAACCUGCUGGCUUUGGUCGUCAUUGUUCAAAACAGGAAAAAAAUCAACUCAACCACCCUCUAUUCGAUGAACUUGGUGAUUUCUGACAUCCUCUUUACCACGGCGUUGCCCACUCGGAUAGCCUAUUAUGCGCUGGGUUUUGACUGGCGGGUCGGAGAUGCCCUGUGCCGGAUAACCGCCCUGCUGUUCUACAUUAACACGUACGCGGGCGUGAACUUCAUGACCUGCCUGAGCAUAGACCGCUUCUUUGCAGUGGUGCAUCCUCUGCGCUACAACAAGAUUAAAAGGAUCGAGUACGCAAAGGGCGUCUGCAUAUCUGUCUGGGUGCUGGUAUUCGCCCAAACGCUGCCCCUGCUCACCAGACCCAUGUCAAAGCAGGAGGCCGGCAGGACCACUUGCAUGGAGUACCCCAACUUCGAAGAGACGGCCUCCCUCCCCUGGAUUCUGCUCGGGGCGUGCCUGCUGGGCUACGUGCUGCCCCUUGUGGUCAUUCUCAUCUGCUACUCCCGCAUCUGCUGCAAGCUCUUCAGGACCGCCAGGCGGAACCCGCUGACCGAGAAGUCCGGCGUGAACAGGAAAGCCCUCAAUACAAUUGUCUUCAUCAUCGUCGUGUUCGUUCUCUGCUUCACACCUUACCACCUGUCAAUCAUCCAGCACAUGAUCAGGACACUCUGCUCCCCCGAGGCCCUGGGGUGUGGCCCGAGGAAGUCCUUCCAGAUCUCUCUGCACUUCACCGUGUGCCUGAUGAAUGUCAACUGCUGCAUGGACCCCUUCAUCUACUUCUUCGCUUGCAAAGGGUACAAGCGGAAGGUCAUGAAGAUGCUGCGGCGUCAGGUCAGCGUGUCCAUCUCCAGUGCAGUGAGGUCAGCCCCCGAAGAAAACUCACGGGAGAUGACGGAGUCGCAGGUCAUGAUCCACUCCAAGGCGUCCAACGGGAGGUAAGAGGCUGCGCUGGGCUUCGCAGCACAGCAACCCGCACGCCACCCACUGCCCAGCGCCCUCGGGGUGGCUCUGCAGACCCGGCCGACAGACGACUGUUCAGGUCUCAAGGAGGCGUCUCAGCUGCCCCCUCCACGGCGCCGGCACGUUGCGGCUUCCCACAGCCACUCCACCCACCAACGCACCGAGAUCAAGAGAACAGCAAAAGCAAGUUCUACUUCAAGAGUGAGAUACUGUAUAUAUAGAAGAAGGCCAUCCUAGCAAGUCAGGACGUAGAGUUGUUCCGUGUUCCUGAGAACACUAUCGUUACAAUUUCUGCCAAUAGUUGGGUAAAAAAAAAAAAAAAAGACAAAAGUCUGAUUCCAAUAUAUGUGUAAAAACACCAAUACCAGUGUAAAAAAAUAUUAAUACUGUAAUAUAAGGAACGUAUUUUUUAAUUCACACCUCUAGAUUCUUACCUGUCUAGUUUUUUUUUUUUUCCGUUUGUUUGAUUUGUCCUGUGACAACUGUUCCAAGGAAUGUUUCGUGGGACUGACUUAUCCCACAAAUCAGGAUGCAACGAAAGUGUCCAUCCAUACCCUUCUGCCAACUACCGGCAGAAGUGACAGGUGUAACUAAGGGAAGGCGCCCCUGAAGAGUAAAGACAUAACAGCAGGUGAUGACCCAGCCACUGAGAGCAUCAAAAGAGCCCCUCCCCCAACGGCCAGGACAGCGCUUGUGGACAGCUGCUCAGAAAAAGCAUGUCAACAUGCUACAUUCUUUUUAGGACAGAAAAUAUGCAUACAUGCUUUGUUUCCCUUGGGUCUCCAGGGAAUGAAAGUUGGUAGUAUCUGGUAUCUAUAUACUUUAAGUUAAAAAAGCGCGGGGUGGGGGGGGGCGGUGAGGAUUACAACUAUAAUCGCCAUAUUUGACUAAAUAAAUCAGGGUG